AUGGAUUCAGAAACGAGCUGGGCGCCAGUUUCUCAGUGGAACUUGGAUCAGUUAAGAGGCAUUUGGUCUCAACUUCAGACCCAGGUGAAUCCAUUUGCGCAGGUCUUAUGUUUGGACGGCAAUCUUUAUCGAAUGCUCGACAAGGGAGCGAAGAACUUCAUUGCACAAAGCUUCAUUCACCACGUGAAGGAACCGGUGUUGUAUUGCAUUGACGGAACGGGGCCUGAUCGUGUCUACUUGGGAGCUCCGCGGCACUUCGUGUCUGGUGGUGGAAUUCUUAUUCAACCUAGUGGCUCUGAUCCAUUUUGGAUCGUUCGCAAUGAGACAAAGCUGAGAACUGCAACAAUUUGCCCUCCUCCUGUAACGACAAAAACCACAAAAAUUCCGCGUCCUCCAAAUGCAUACAUCCUUUACAGGAAGGAACGCCACAAUACCGUGAAAGAAGCAAACCCAGGUAUCACAAACAAUGAAAUCUCUCAAAUUCUCGGCCGAGCAUGGAAUCUUGAGUCACGAGAAGUACGCCAAAAGUACAAAGACUUAGCCGACAGGGUGAAGCAGGCAUUACUGGAAAAGCAUCCAGACUACCAGUAUAAGCCCCGAAAACCAUCUGAGAAGAAACGACGGACCAGAAAAAAUACGCAGCAACAAAUUGCAAUGAACUCGGCUACUGGAGACUUUACACUUUCUCCUCCUGAAAUGAUGAUUCCGCUCACUCCAGCCGAUUCUCAUGGCACUGUCUGA